AUGGAGGGGCCCCCUAGAAGGAGUCUGGGGCCCCUGGCCGUGGCUGUUCGCGGGGUGACUCGUUCCAGCAGCAGCAGCAGCAGCAGCAGCAGCAGCAGCAGCAGCAGCAGCAGCAGGGAAGCCAAGGGGUGCCGCCUGCUGCUGGCCAGGUCUACGAUGCUGCAGAAGACCCUCAUGAUGCAGCUCGAGACGCAGCAGCAGCUGCUGCUGCAGCGCAAACGGCCACCUCCUCUGCCGCAGCAGCAGCAGCAGCAGCAGCAGCAGCAGAAGCAGCAACAACCUUCUUCGCCUGCAGCGAAGAAGCGCCGGUCGUAUCUUGAAGGCCUCCGUAGUGUUAUCUUCAGGCCCCGGAGAUCUGCAGCAGCAGCAGCAGCAGCAGCAGCAGCAGCAGCAGCAGCAGCAGAUGGCCCCUCUUCAUGGAGUUUUGCUGCUGAGGAGGAUCCAAAUAGUUUUGAGAGGAUUCGAAUCCCAGAAGCACUAGAGGGCUUUUUAGAGCGCCCCCCAAGCAGCAGCAGCAGCAGCAGCAGCAGCAGCAGCAGCAGCGACAACAGUAGUAGUAGUAGUUAUGGCAGCAGCAGCAGCAGCAGCAGCAGCAGCAGCCUGCCCGUCAUGGCGGUUCCUUCCCAAGCGUCGGAGAGAAGAGGUCUUUUUUCGUUCAGCAGCAGAAUUCUAGGACGCACAAGCAGCAGCAGCAGCAGCAGCAGCAGCAGCAGCAGCAGCAGCAGCAGCAGCAGCAGCAGGGGUUUCCGGUGGCCCUUGCGUCUGUCUUCCCUAGACCCUUCGCCGCCAGCUGUAGACCACCAGCCCUCCCUUUCAAGUUUUUCCGAGGCCCCAGACAGUCAGCAGCAGCAGCAGCAGCAGCAGCAGCAGCAGCAGCAGCAGCAGCAGCAGCAGCAGCAGCAGCAGCAGCAGGGGGGGCUGUUUCGUGCUGCAGCAGUGCAUGCGCUGCCCCCCAAGGGCCCCAAAGGGGGUAUUCCCAAGAAGAAGGGGGGGGCCCCCGGGGGCCCCUGGAAGGCCCCAGCCCCGCUGCCCCCCCCUAAGGAAGAAGAGGACUUGGGGGCCCCCCUGGAGGCCCAGGCGAAGUUAAAACAGGGUAUUUUUAAGAAGCCAGCAGCAGCAGCAGCAGCUCCAGCAGCAGCAGCAGCUGCUGCUGCUGCUGCUGCAGCAAAAACGGCCCCGCCAGCUGCAAAAGAAGCCCCCAAAGAGGGGGCCCCCAAAGAGGGGGCCCCCAAGGAGGGGCCCCCCAAGGGGCCCCCCAAGCCCGAGGCCCCCAAAAAGGAAACCCCUAAAGAGGGGCCCCCCAAGGAGGCCCCUAAAGGGGGGCCCCCCAAGGAGGCCCCCAAGGAGGGGCCCCCCAAGGAGGCCCCCAAGGAGGGGGCCCCCAAGGAGGCCCCCAAGGAGGGGCCCCCCCAGGGGGCCCCCAAGGAGGCCCCUAAAGGGGGGCCCCCAGCAGCAGUCAAGAAACCCCCGGGGCCCCCCAGUCCCCCCAAACCAGCAGCUAAGCUGCCACCCGCGGGGGCCCCCAAGGAGGGGGCCCCCAAGGAGGGGGCCCCCAAGGAGGGGCCCCCCAAGGAGGGGGCCCCCAAGGCGGAGGCCCCUAAAGAGGGGCCCCCAAAGGAGGCCCCCAAGGAGGGGGCCCCCAAGGAGGGGCCCCCCAAGGAGGCCCCCAAGGAGGGGCCCCCCAAGGAGGCCCCUAAGGAGGGGCCCCCCAAGGAGGCCCCCAAGGAGGCCCCCAAGGGGCCCCCCGAGGGGCCCCCCAAGGGGCCCCCCGGGUCGCCCCCAAAGGGGGCCCCUGGGGGGCCCCCCAAGGGGCCCCCCAAAGAGGGGGCCCCCCAAAGCCCUCCUAAGAAAACAAUUCGCAGAAUAGUGGUUGGUGAGGGGGGGAAGGCAGCGAAGUUCAGCGAGGAAGUGCCUGAAGAAAAGACGGAACACUUCUUUUUGACGCCUCAAGGAACCAUCGCAAGUCUUCCCAGGUGUAUUGUUCCCAUUGACGAGGCGCUGCUUCCCAGAAUAAGAAAGUGCAAAGCAGGGACUGAACAGGUGCCGGAGGUUGGAUCACUUCCAGUGGUUAUUUUGUUGGACGAAAACAACCAGGAGGACCUUUCUUCCUUCACUCUCGCCCAAGGAGCCCUUUCUGUUAUGGCCGCCCGCAAACUGGGGCUGGCGGCCAGACAGCCGGAAACUGAAAAGGCCCCUCAGGGCCUCAAGGAGUGGCUUUCUGGCCAG